AUGUCACAGUUCGGUGCCGCAGCGGACAGUGUCAGCCCCGACUCAAUUGCACCGUUGCACAUGCGAAAAGUUGGAGCUUCCAAUCCAAGCAACCUGAACUUGGCACUCACCCACUACUGCCAGGAGGCCCGGCCAGGAACGCUAGACCAUUCCACCAUGACCAGCAUCGACGAGUUGUUCAAGGGGCUGCCCAGCAAACGAAAGGCAGAGCCACUCCGCGACCCUAAUCAAGUCUACAAGUCCGCCAAGCUCGCCCGGGUCGAGGACGAGGCCGACGACGACGACACCGAGGCCGGCCCGGCCCUGCCCCCACCAGACGGCGAGGAUGACGACGGCGACUACGGCCCAGCCAUGCCCCCAGGCGGGGAGGGAGAAGACGACGGCGACGACGAGGAGGGCCGCUUCUUCGGCGGCGGCGUGACGGCGGGGGAGUCGCGGGCGCUGGACUACAUCAACGAGGCGGGCGACGACCUCCCCGAGGAGAAGAUCGACGCGUCGUGGCUCAAGAAGACGGCCCUCAAGUUCGAGCAGCGCAUCAACAAGAACGCGGCCCAGCGCGCAAAGUACGAGGACGACCCGGCAAGGUUCAUCCAGAGCGAGGCCGACCUCGACGCCGACAUCCGCGCCCUGAGCAUCCUGGGCGAGCACCCGGAGCUGUACCCGGACCUGGCGCGCCUGGGCACCGUCGCGAGCCUCGUGGGCCUGCUGGCGCACGAGAACGCCGACAUCGCCAUCGGCGCCAUCGAGAUCAUCGGCGAGCUGACGGACGAGGACGUCGCCGCCGAGGAGGACCAGUGGGACGCCCUCGUCGGCGCCCUGCUCGAGGCGGACCUGGUCGGCCUGCUGGUGAGCAACCUGCGGCGGCUGAACGAGGACUCGGACGACGAGGCGGACCGCACGGGCGUUUACCACGCGCUCAGCGUGGUGGAGAACCUGUGCUCCAACGCCGCCACGGCGGAGAGGAUCGCCAAGGACGACGGGCUGCUGGGGUGGCUGCUGGCGAGGAUACAGAAGAAGGAGAAGGCCACGACGCAGAACAAGCAGUACGCGGCCGAGAUCCUGGCCAUCCUCGUGCAGACGUCGCCGGCGAACCGGCGGAGGCUGGCGGGCAACGACGCCGUGGACGCCAUGCUGCAGCUGCUGGCCGCGUACCGCAAGCUGGACCCGGACAAGGGCCACGAGGAGGAGUACAUGGAGAACCUGUUCGAGGCCCUGGCGUGCGUCGUCGACGAGCCCGAGGGCAAGGCCAGGUUCGUCGAGGCCGAGGGCGUCGAGCUGUGCCUGAUCAUGCUCAAGGAGGGCAAGAAGAGCAGGCCCGCCGCGCUGCGGGUCCUCGACCACGCGGCGGGCGGGACGGCGGGCACCGAGGUGUGCCAGAAGCUCGUCGAGGCGGGCGGCCUCAAGACGCUGUUCACGGCCUUCAUGAAGAAGGGCCGCGACCACCACCACCACCACAACAACACCACGACGACGGAGCACCUCGUGAGCAUCUUCUCGUGGAUGCUGCGGCUCCUGCCGGCCGACUCGGCGGAGCGCGUGCGGCUGCUGGUCAAGUUCGUCGAGAAGGACUUUGAGAAGACGGGGCGGCUCGUCGCGCUGCGGCGGGACGUGGCGGCGCGGCUGCGGCGGGUCGACGAGGAGAUGGGCAGGGAGAACCGCGCGCGGGGGGACAUGGCCCUGACCGAGGGGGAGAUGGAGGAGGAGCGCUUCCUCCGGCGGCUCGAGGAGGGCCUGUUCCUGCUGCAGAGCAUCGACCUCGUGCUGGCGUGGCUCAUCGCCGAGGACGACGGCACCAGGGACAAGAUCCGGGCGCUGCUGGCCGACCGCGACGAGACGUUCGAGGUCGUCAGGGCCUCGCUGCGGGAGCGGCUGGACGCCAUCGGCGACAAGACGUCGCAGGCCGGGAGGGACACGUCCGAGAUGCUGGCCACGCUGAUGGAGUUUUUGUAA